GGUUCGAUUGCCCUUUCGCAAGGACUUCUGGGUUGGCAAAGUGCGCGAAGCCUGCUGCAGUGCGGGCUUCGCUGAAGACCGCAUCAAGGGGGCAAAGGAGGCGCUGAUGAGCACACUUCAAAGCGUAAAAAUGACAGAUGGGACACCCUACGGACUCGUAGACUAAGCGAGAACGCGCAAUUUAAGGCCACGAGACCGAAAGUCCACAUGAAGUGCGCCAUUUGGGACAGGGCCGUUGUUGACGUACCAUGACACCGGAAGCACUAAGGGUGUAACUGGAUGUUGUAAGUGACAGAACUCAAUGUGACAUUAGUAUUUUCUGCGGUAAUAUUGAGGAUUUGAAAUGUUUCUAACGACCGUGAAUUUUGCCAGGAGCAAAUCUAAGACUUUGCUGGUUCAAAUGAUGAGUGCAGCUGGAACAGGUUACUGUUUCAACACAAAGAGGGGCCGACUGAGGGAGAAACUGGUUUUGCGAAAGCAUGACCCCAUAGCACAUUGUGCAGCUUACUCAUGGGCCCCAAAGGACACCCGAUUUCUCACAACAAACACAUACCUUAGGACAAAUCAGCAAUAAACAGACAUGUUUUGUUCUUUGAGAAGAGGAAGGUCCGCUCUCUUUAAAGUGAAAGAACUUAUUUGAUAUGGACACUGAGCAGAAGUACUGUUAAAGUGUUACAAACAUUAAAAAUUUGCUGAAGUGUGGGGAUCAGCAUCUUUCAUAUGACACUGUCACCAAACAACCAAGAAGAAAGAAGAAAAUUUGACAUCACAUUUGUCCUGGAACCAUGGAUCGAUAGAAUGAGAACAGAAAGGAGUUACGCAUACUUUGUUGGUUUUUUUGUUUUGUUUGAUUUAUAGCAAAAAAUUGACUUAUCUAAAUUAAUUUAUUUGGUUUGUUACUAUGCGUAAAAUAAAUCUAGAAACUUUAACAUAACAACAGACAUGCAAUUUUGUAUUUUCUUAUGCAAAUUGACUUUUUUAUUUUAAUUUGACAACUGAACAUCUGUAAACUUGUAAUUAUUAGGAAGCAUGUAUAUAAAACAUUUAACAUGAAUAUUAAUUAGAAAUUUGAUUGCUAACAAGGUUUUGCCAGCACAUUGUACUGUGUAUUAUAGCCUAUGAGCUCAUCCAUAAAAAUUGUCAACCAGC